GGUUGAAACUGGUGACUCGGCCGGUUCAGUGAACCGGAACGGGUCUAUUCUUAACAAUAGGAAAACCCUAACUCCUUAACCGUUUUCCCUUCGCUCUCACUCUCAGCCAGACUCCACCGCUGCGUUGCCGUCGCUCAGUUUCACGGACGUUUCUCCCUUCUCCUCUCCGUGAAUACGGCCGCCCCACAUUUUCCUCUGUCCGGUUCAGUUUUGAGGCACUCUUCUUCGUACUGUGCUCAUUCUUAUCUUCAUUUAACACUCCAGUUUUUGUGUUUACACUCCAGUUUGUGUUUAUCGUUCAAGCAAAGAGCACAGUAACAGAAAAUAACAUUGCCAGGGAAAAAUAAUCUCAACACCAAAAAUGGAGUACGUCAACCCAGAAGGACUUCGCGUGGAUGGUCGCCGACCCAUGGAAGUACUGUUGUUUCCCCCCUCUUUUCUCCAAUGCGACAGAUUCGGGCUGAGAUUGGUGCUGUAUCCAAAGCUGAUGGUUCUGCAAUUUUCGAGAUGGGUAAUACCAAAGUGAUUGCUGCUGUUUAUGGCCCUAGAGAGGUUCAAAAUAGAAGCCAGCAAAUGAGUGACCAGGCUCUGGUUCGAUGUGAAUACAGCAUGGCUAAUUUUAGCACCGGUGAUCGCAUGAGGAAACCAAAGGGCGACAGGAGAUCGACUGAAAUUUCUCUGGUUAUUCGGCAAACCAUGGAAGCAUGCAUAUUAACGCAUUUAAUGCCCCGUUCCCAGAUAGAUAUUUAUGUUCAAGUUCUUCAAGCAGAUGGAGGAACUAGAUCUGCUUGUAUAAAUGCUGCAACUUUGGCUCUAGCUGAUGCUGGGAUUCCUAUGCGCGAUCUUGUAACUUCCUGUAGUGCUGGAUACCUCAAUAGCACGCCUCUGCUUGAUUUGAAUUAUGUAGAAGACAGUGCUGGAGGUCCUGAUGUAACUGUUGGAAUUCUGCCGAAGUUGGAUAAAGUGACACUUCUUCAGAUGGAUUCUAAACUACCAGUUGACAUUUUGGAAAAUGUUAUGCAACUGGCUACGGAAGGCUGCAAAGCAAUUGCAAACUACAUACGAGAAAUUUUAUUGGAGAACACAAAGCAACUUGAAUAUCGACGGGGUUCAUAGUCUUUAUAGAAGUAAUGUUUUCUUUUGGCUUGUAUUUUAUGUUACUCGAUUUCAUGUUAUAAAUAUAACCUGAUAUUAUGGUGGUUAUUUUAUGUAACCUAAUUUUUCCGGAAUUGCAAGUUCAUUCUUUCAUCA